ACUAGUCCCGCUAUACGGGCCAUCAACAAGCAUUUAUGAUAUGCGGCUCCCGAGAAGUACUUUCUACCUCCUAAUUAAAAGAUGGUCCGUCUUGACAAAAGUCCGCGGGCUCCUAACUCCGGCGCGGUGCAAUACGUGGCGGCUCAAAUUCCACGUGUAGUUGCUAUAUCUAUCGGUUGUCGGCAGCGUGACAUGCCACGAUGUUUUUCCCUCGCUUCCAUUGUCUCGUGCAACACUGACUUUCAGAUCUGAGAUACGAUGGCUGACACGCAGGAACCAACUCAGCCCCCCGACUCGGACUCAAUACAGACAACGACAAAUAACCCGCUCAGUCUGAUUGAGAAAGACCAGCAACAACUCGAGGAGAAGUCCAUCGACGUCGACUCGGAUGGCCCAAACCACACACCUCAGCGUGUAUCGAUCGAAAAACCCACAGACUGGUCCCAGUAUACACUCAAAAGAAGACCAUGGCGACCAUGUGUCACGGAUUUCAGUCGAAUCAUCGAGGCCAAAUACCGUGGAAGCGGUACCCCCAGCGACCCUUAUAUCGUCCAGUGGCUUGACGAUGACCCUUGCAAUCCGAAAACCUACUCAAUGAAGCGCAAAACCAUCUUGAGUGCCUUGCUAGCUUUUAUGACUCUGUGUAUCUCGCUGGCCUCCUCCGCCUACACGGGUCCGAGCGAAAGUAUCAUGGAGGAAUUCCACUGUAGCGAAGAAAUAUUCCUGCUGGGUCUCACUUUUUUCGUCUUGGGAUUUGGCACCGGCCCGCUCGUCUUCGGCCCCCUCUCUGAAGCGCUGGGACGUCGCAACAUUCUCAUGCUCUCCAUGAUCUUCUACACCAUUUGGACUGGAAUAUGCAUCGCCGCACAAAAUAUUCAGAGUCUGAUCGUCUUCCGGGCUCUUGCCGGUACGAUUGGUUCAGCUGCAUUCGUCAUACCCGGAGGCCAAAUUGCCGACAUGUUUGACGCCGAACAGCGAGGCGUGGUCAUCGCCAUAUACUCUGCCGCCCCGUUUCUGGGGCCCACCCUUGGUCCAAUGAUCGGAGGCUUCAUCGAUUUGGGAGCAUCAUGGCGUUGGCUCUUUGGUGUGCUGACCCUGUACUCGGGUGCACUCACCUUCUUCGGCCUUCUUAUUGUGCCCGAGACUUAUGCUCCGGUGUUGCUGCGCCAGAGGGCGAAAUUGCUCACCAAGGUCACUGGGAAGACACACAUGACCAAGAUCGACAUUGACAACCCGCUCACCUUCCACAAAAUGGUCAGGAAGUCCUUGGUGUUGCCAUGGGCGCUCUUAUUCAGGGAGCCUAUAGUACUUCUCCUCACCAUCUACACCGCCGUUAUCUACGGAACCUUGUAUCUCUGCUUCGCCGCCUACCCUAUCGUCUUCCAGGAAGGACACGGGUGGAAUGCAGGCGUGGGCGGUCUGGCUUUCAUUGGCAUGCUGGUUGGAAUAUUCGUCGGCGUUGCCAUCAUCAUCUACGACAACAGGCGCUACAUCCGUAUCCACAGAGAGACAGGAGGCUUUGCACCGCCAGAAACUCGUCUUCCGACCGUCAUCUUAGGCGGUGUCAUUGCCAUUGUUGGUCUUGCAUGGUUCGCAGCCACAACAUCUCCUAGUGUCCAUUGGAUCGUCCCAAUCCUCGCUGGAGUACCCUUUGGAGCGGGAUUUCUGCUCAUCUUCAUGUCUUGCAUGAACUAUCUAAUCGACUCAUAUGUAAUCUAUGCUGCUUCUGUGAUGGCAGCCAACUCGGUCCUUCGUUCCGCUUUUGGCGCUGUUUUCCCCCUCUUCACCGUCCAGAUGUAUGAAAAUCUAGGUGUGCACUGGGCUUCCGCAGUGCCGGGUUUCAUCGCUCUGGCAUGCUUUCCAUUCCCCAUAUUCUUCUACAAGUACGGCCGCGUCAUCAGGAGAAAGUGCAAGUAUUCGGCCCAGGCGGCAUGGUAUCUGGACAGUCUAAAGAGCGACCUGGAGAGGCAGAGAUCAAGAGGUGAAGCUAAUGACCCAGAUUCGACGAGUGUCAAGGACAACGACGAUGCUGUUUGAUGACAUCGUUUGAUGGUUUGCAGUUAUCCCGUGGUUCUGGGAGCGUAUUUUUCCCGGACAACAUAGACAUGUCUGGCAGGAUUUACGGCUAGGCCGGAGCAUGUAGAGGGCAUUGUGUCACAUCUCGGCAAGGUGUUGGGGGCGUUUGCAAAU